CCCCCGCCCGGCUGUGGCGGAGGCUGAUCCCUGCUUCUGGCUGUCACGGACCUGCCGCCUCCAACUACUCCGCAUCCGCCGAGCCUGCCCGGGUCCCGGCGCUUGUCUAUGGGCACCACGGGGAUCCAGCCAAGGUCGUCGAAACCGUUAUUCCUGGGCACACAUGGCAGCUCAGAAAUCUUGUCUGACCUACUUUGGGGAGACGAUUGGAGCGAAAUGCCCACUCUAGCCUGGGUGACAUGAACAUCUCCCUUUGGCUUUGUGCUUAGACUGAAGAACCUGGAGCUAGCUGCUGUGGGAGGAUCAGACGUCCUCGUGAAGAUGCUGGCGGCCCCUAUCAAUCCAUCUGACAUAAAUAUGAUCCAAGGAAACUACGGCCUCCUUCCCGAACUGCCUGCUGUUGGAGGGAACGAAGGUGUUGCCCAGGUGGUAGCGGUGGGCAGCAGUGUGACGAGGCUGAAGCCAGGAGACUGGGUGAUUCCUGCAAAUGCUGGUUUGGGAACCUGGCGGACCGAGGCCGUGUUCAGUGAGGAAGCACUGAUCCAAGUUCCAAGUGACAUCCCUCUUGAGAGCGCUGCCACCCUAGGUGUCAAUCCCUGCACAGCCUACAGGAUGUUGAUGGACUUCGAGCAGCUGCAGCCAGGGGAUUCUGUCAUCCAGAAUGCAUCCAACAGUGGAGUGGGCCAAGCGGUCAUCCAGAUCGCGGCAGCUCUGGGCCUGAGAACGAUCAAUGUGGUCCGAGACAGACCUGAUAUCCAGAAGCUGACUGACAGACUGAAGAGUCUGGGAGCCAAGCAUGUCAUCACAGAAGAGGAGCUAAGAAGGCCCGAAAUAAAAAACCUGUUUAAGGACAUGCCCCAGCCACGCCUUGCUCUCAACUGUGUUGGUGGGAAAAGCUCCACAGAGCUGCUGCGGCAGUUAGCGCGUGGAGGAACCAUGGUAACCUAUGGGGGAAUGGCCAAGCAGCCCGUCAUAGCCUCUGUGAGCCUGCUCAUUUUUAAGGAUCUCAAACUUCGGGGCUUUUGGUUGUCCCAGUGGAAGAAGGAUCACAGUCCAGUAGAGACGGGGUUUCUCCAUGCUGGUAAGGCUGGUCUCGAACUCCUGACCUCAGGUGAUCCACCCGCCUCAGCCUCCCAAAGUGCUGGGAUUACAGGCGUGAGCCACCACGCCUGGCCAGGACUCACUCUUAAAGACCAGUUCAAGGAGCUGAUCCUCACACUGUGCGAUCUCAUCCGCCAAGGCCAGCUCACAGCCCCUGCCUGCUCCCAGGUCCCGCUGCAGGACUACCAGCAUGCCUUGGAAGCCUCCAUGAAGCCCUUUGUGUCUUCAAAGCAGAUUCUCACCAUGUGAUCAUCCCAAAAGAGCUGGAGUGACAUGGGAGGGAAGGAGGAUCCGAGGGGCUGGGUGCAGGCCCUCAAUCGGAGGUCUCAUCAUCCCCAGACUACUGCCCUCCUCACUGCCUCUUUCUGUUAGGAGGAUAGUGAAGCCAGCCACUGUUUUUCCCAGGGCCAGCCUUAAGGUAUCUAAUAAAGUCUGAACUCUCCCCUCCAAAAA